CCCUGGGAAACCAUUGUGAGCGAUUACUGUAAGGUGUCGACGUGAAUUAAAGGGAAAAAGGCAGGUAAAAUGACACGGACGCCGCGCUACCCACCGCGCCCUCGAUUCACUGCUUGGGGUCGAUUCGCGUUACCAAGGCCCCUAUAAAUUUUUCCCACUGAAUGUCUCGCAUCAGCUUCCACUACCUCUGCUUAAACACCACCACACCGCUUACACACCAUAACCUCACAACGCACUCACCGUACAACCCAUAACAAAUACCCCUCUUCCUCAAUCAACCUCAAAAUGACCGGUACCAACUUCCUGGACCUCCCAGCCGAAAUCCGCAACAAGGUCUACAGCUAUGCCCUCGAGCCUCUCCGCGAUGCCUGGAUUGGAAAAGACAACUACAACUCCACCCACGCGCGUAACAUCCUCUUCGUGUCCAAACAACUCCAUCACGAGGCUUCGGAUGUUCUGAAAAAGCAAUCCACCGCCCAUGUCCACCCGAAGGCUGCGCCGCACUGCGAACCGACUACCCCCUCUACUCUCAAGGAAGAAUUCAACGAGACAAAAAACAACGCCCUCCGCAACUUCCGCAACGUGGUGUUCGAACACAUGGACUUCGGUCGCCACGGCACUUGCGCCUGCACCCUGCUCAGCUUCCCUUUCCAGAUGGGCUGGGAAUUCAGUCCAGGGAAGCGGCUUGAAGACCUCGCGGAGCUGAAGUCGAAGCUGGAGACGUUCGUGGCUGGCUCGGAGGCGAUGGAGGAGCACGAGAAGCGGGCUGCGUCGGUUUGCUUUCGGGACUUCUUUUGGUCGGAGGUCAGGGGGCCUGUGACCGGACUGGCCCGGGAGACUGUGCAGGCUGUGGAGCAGAUGGCGGCAUGCCUGGAGCUGAUGCGGUCGAAUAAGCACACGGUUUGGGCUAUCAAGCUGUCUCAAGACGCGGUAGAUAGAGGAGAUUGGGCCGUGGUGGAGCGCUGGGGAUCGGGUGGAGAGGCGAAGGAUUGUGGAGGAGGAAGCGGCGGGGUAUUGAGGUCGCUUGCGUCGAGGGGGUGA